AUGGCACCGACGAGCAGCGACCUGCCGACGGCCAAGAAGGCGCGUCUCGAGCCUGCCACGUACAUGGCCAAGACGCCCGAGACGAUGCCUGUUGCUGCACACAAGAAGCGCGGCCGGUCCGUUCGUCCGCGGUCGGCGCCAUCGCCACCGGGUCUCAACACCCCACCAACUUCAACCCCACCAGCGCACCGUCGUGGCCGUCGUCUGCAGCCGAUCGAGGCGGCGCAUCCCGUGUUGGCAAGCACCCCCGACGUCGCUUCGAGUCACGCUCCGGCGCUGGAGAGCUGGGACAUGGCUGCCACGGCCAGCUUUCUCUCGUCGGCGUUCGCCACUGCAAGCUGGCAGCCGACGACGCCACCGACGGACACGGCCCACGACUUGUCGCUCCUGCACGGCCUCCGCUCGAGCUUUGCGCUCUCGCGCAGCGGUGCACCGAUGCGUGCGGGGUCGGUGCGCACGUCGUGGUCAGCGGGGCCGUGCGACGCCAUGCAGCAUCUUGCCACCUCGAACCACGCAUGGCGCACCGACUUUGGUGCUAAUAGCACCCACGACGCACCUCGCCAUCUGCACGGCGACGACGAGGCCAAGCGCCGUGAGCCCCUCCGAGGCGGCUCGACCCUUGCCACUGCAACGUUGCACUUGGCGGCGCUCGAGGCCAUUUUGGCCGACGACGCCGACGACGAGUAUGGCAUGUUCGACCGCGAGAGCCUGCCGACCGAGGCGGCGUGGCCCUACUACGUCUAG